UAAGAUAUAGUUAACUUACAAUAUUAUAUAAAUUUUAGGUGUACAACAUAGUGAUUCACAAUUUUUAAAGUUUAUACUCCAUUUAUAGUUAUUAUAAAAUAUUGGCUAUAUUCCCUGUGCUGUGUAGUAUAUCCUUGUAGUGUAUUUAUUUUAUACAUAGUAGUUUGUACCUCUUAAUCCCUUACCCCUACCUUGCCCCUCCUCCCUUCCCUCUUCUCACUGGCAACCACUAUUUGUUCUCUAUAUCAGUGAGUCUGUUUCUUUUUUGUUAUGUUCUCUAAUAUGUUUUAUUUUUUAGAUUCCACAUAUAAGUGAUAUCAUACAGUAUUUGUCUUUGAUCAAUCUGGAUUUUGACAGGAGGAGCACUGUGGGUUCUGUCAAUAUCUGAUGAGUUCAUCCAUAGAGAUGAUGGCAUUUGGCCCAAGAGGGGUGAAUAGUUAGAAUCUUUGACAUCUGCUUUUGUGUUGUCAGAGACAGAGCAAAUAAAUGAUAUCAAAGAGGAUUCAUUUGACCCGUUGGACUGGCUAUUUUGGCUAUCAUUGUCAAAUUCUAAAAUUAUUUCCUUUUUCCAGGAGAAAGGCAUUUCUGCAUGAUAUUUGUCAAAAAAUCUCAGCCUAAUGGGAUAGGGGUGGAAGUUAAAAACCAGGCACGUCAUGUAAAACUUACAUUAAAUAAAUUCGUGGGCUUUUCUCCUGUUACUCCAUCCCUUUCAGUUUAAUUUUCAGACCCAAACAGGGACAUUAAAAAGGCUGAGGAAAACUUUUUCCUCUAGUAUAAGGCAUUUAAAAUAGUCAGAGUCAUAGCAGCCAGGGACUAGGGAGAAGGAGAAAUGGAAAGUCACUAGCCAACAGGUAUAAACUUUCAGUUAUGCAAGAUGAGUACAUUCUAGAGAUGUGCUGUACAAUUUUGUGCCACAGUUAACAAUACUGAAUUGUACACUUAAUUUUUUUAAGAGGAUAGAGCUCAUACUGUGUUCUUAUCACACAAAAAGCAAAAAUGAAUUGUUUUUUAAAAAAUAUGGCGGCUUGGCCUAUGGUGGUUGUAUAGGAGACGGAGAGAGUUGAUUUUUAAAAUAUUCUAUCUUUUAAAGCAUGCAAGUAACAUAUGCCUAUUAUAAAAAUAAACCAAACAGUUCAUAGUGUAAUCCGUGGCCUCUCCUCCCCACUCAGAGGUAGCAGUCUCUCCAGCAGCACUGCCUAGAGAUGACUGCUCUCUGUAUUCACCACAACUUCUUUAAUGCAUUUAUGUCUUAACACGUAGAUUUUAUUUUUAUUCAGGUAUGGUGAGGCGAACAGAUCCGGAGAAGAUUGCCAUUGAAAAGAUAGCUUAUUACUUCCAGUUCCCAAAAGGCGAGAGGCACACUGUGGCCACUCUGCAAAGUCACAGGAGAGAACACCGAGGCCUGAUCUGACUGAGGUCAAGGGCUGCCUACUGCCAGGAGGCGGGGAGCCCUGAAGGCUUGGCCAGGGCUGGGGAUAUCACCACCGCUGCUGUGAGGAGGUGUGCAGGACUAGGCCUGCACCUUAUCUAUCAGACUCCAGACCUGGAAGAAAUCAGAUCAUCCUGGGAUUGCUCAGCCAACUCUGAAGACACGAUGAGGAUCACACCUGUGUGUUAAAGACGUUUCUGCCUCGUUGUGGCUCAUAGUGAAAAAUUCCAAAGAAGACUCCCACUUCCUUUUGUCAGCAAACAGUUCACUCUCCUUUGGACCUACUAUCUGUAUCCUGCAGAAAUAUCGUCCUUACGCUAUGGGAAGUGGCAGCUCCACCCAACAUCAUUUUGCUUUCCAGAAUGCAGAGAAAGCCUUCAAGGCAGCGGCCCUGAUCCAGAGAUGGUACCGGCGCUACAUGGCCCGCCUGGAGAUGAGGCGGCACUGCACCUGGAGCAUCUUCCAGUCCAUAGAGUAUGCUGGGCAGCAAGACCAGGUCAAGCUCCACAAUUUCUUCAGCUACCUAGUGGACCACUUCACCCCCAGCAGUCACAACGAGAGGGACUUCCUGAACCGCAUGUUCACCGAGGAGAGAUCUCCGCAGGACUCUGAGAUGGAGAAGAGCAGUGACUAUGAGUCCAUCGAGGUACCAGACAGUUACACGGGGCCUCGCCUGUCCUUCCCGCUCCUUCCCGACCAUGCAACUGCCCUGGUGGAAGCUUUCAGACUGAAACAAAGGCUGCAUGCUCGCUACGUCCUGAAUCUUUUGCACGAAGCCAGGAGACAUCUGGUACAACUGCCGAACAUCAGCCGGCUCUCCACCUGCUACAGCGAGGAGAUCACAGUGUGUGGAGAUUUACACGGCCAGUUGGAUGACUUAAUAUUUAUAUUUUAUAAGAAUGGUCUCCCAUCACCAGAGCGGGCCUAUGUGUUCAACGGCGACUUUGUGGAUCGAGGGAAGGAUUCCAUAGAGAUCCUGAUGAUUCUCUUUGCCUUCAUGUUGGUUUACCCAAAAGAAUUCCAUCUUAACCGAGGAAACCAUGAGGACCAUAUGGUGAACUUACGAUACGGCUUCACCAAGGAAGUGAUGCAAAAAUAUAAGAUACACGGCAAGAAAAUACUUAAAAUACUACAAGAUGUGUUCUGUUUGCUUCCCCUGGCCACUCUGGUUGAUGAGAAAGUCCUGAUUCUUCAUGGUGGAGUGUCAGACACUACUGACUUGGAGCUCUUGGCCAAACUAGACAGGCACAAGAUCGUUUCCACCUUGAGAUGCAAAACGAGAAAGGAGAAUAAGAAACCGGCGGAGGAGAAGGGGAAAAACAACCAGAUGAGCUCUGCCGGGAGACCCUCCCCGUGGUUUCUCCCCCAAAGUCGCUCUCUCCCCUCCUCGCCUCUCCACCCCAGCGCCCACAAGGCCGCCAGAGCUGGGCGCUCCUCCAGCGUCCCCUGCAGCGUCGCCCCGGACCCCAAGGAGCUCUCCCGGCAGGUGCGGCGCUCCGUGGACCUGGAGCUGGAGAGGUGCCGGCAGCAAGCGGGCUUCCCAGCGAUCGAGGAGAAGGAGGAGCCCGUGCCCUCGGCAUCGGAAGCGGAGGAGCAGCUGGAGCCCACGCAGGAGGAGUGGAGGCAGGUGGUGGAUAUACUGUGGAGUGACCCCAUGGCUCAGGAGGGCUGCAAAGCCAACACUGUCCGAGGGGGAGGCUGUUAUUUUGGGCCUAACGUGACAGAACGGCUGCUACAGAAAUACAGUCUGCAAUUCCUGAUCCGCUCACACGAGUGCAAACCCGAAGGCUACGAAUUCUGCCACAACCGCAAGGUGUUAACCAUCUUUUCUGCCUCCAACUACUAUGAAGUUGGCAGUAACAGAGGAGCCUAUGUCAAACUGGGGCCAGCUUUGACCCCACACAUCGUGCAGUUUCAAGCUAACAAGGCGACUCACAAGCUCACCAUGAGGCAGAGGAUUAGCAGAGUGGAGGUGUCAGCUCUGAGAGCCCUGCGGGAAAAGUUAUUUGCCCAUUCCUCAGAUCUUCUCAUUGAAUUUAAGAAGCAUGACAAAGAUAAAACUGGUUUAGUCACCUUGAGUGACUGGGCAGCAGCUGUGGAGUCUGUGUUGCAUCUGGGACUGCCAUGGCGGAUGCUGCGGCCGCAGCUGGUGAACAGCCAAACAGAUAACAUGCUGGAGUACAAGUCCUGGCUGGAGAACUUGGCCAAAGAAAAAUUGAGCCAUGAGAACAUACAGUCAAGUUUGCUGGAAACACUGUAUCGAAACCGAUCCAACCUGGAGACCAUUUUUAGGAUCAUAGACAGUGAUCAUUCAGGGUUCAUCUCACUGGACGAGUUCAGGCAGACUUGGAAGCUGUUCAGCUCUCAUAUGAACAUUGACAUCACAGAUGACUGCAUCUGCGACCUUGCCCGGAGCAUUGACUUCAACAAGGAUGGCCACAUUGACAUCAAUGAGUUCCUGGAGGCCUUCCGCCUUGUGGAGCAGUCCUGUUCAGAGGGCGAUGCCUCAGACUGCCCACGAACCACAAACACCAACAGCAGUGCCUGCAGCAGCCCAGGCGCACACUAAGGCCAGCCUGGUCUCCAUCGCCCGAGGUGCCUCAUGAGCAGUGCUGAGCUCGUUGCUAGAACAGUUCUCUUAUUCUCCAGAAACUGUGGAACUUUAUGCUGUGGCUUUGCCUACCAACAUGCAUCAGAAUCACCUGUAUUCUUGGGGUGGAGGGUGAAGUUAGAGUGUGUGUGUAUGUAUUUUAAAUAUGUAGGUGCCCUAGCCCCAUUUCAGAAUUUUCACAAGGUAGGACCGAGAUGUAAGUAUUUUUAAAUUCUCAAGUCUAUCCCAGUUAAGAACCACUGAUAAUUCAACUCCUUCAUUGUUUUCAUUAUAAAAACAAUAAAUAAAAGAUAUGCAAUGUCUUAUUGCCAAAGGAAAGUUAUGAAAAAUUAUUUGUGUAACCCCAUGACCCAAACGUAUGGAUUCUUCUCAUUAUUUACUUUUUCUUGUUGUAACUAUAAUGCUUAUGUAAUCUAAUGUUCUGCUUUUAUUUUAUAAGUUCACAUCUGUGUUGCUACAUAGUCUUCAUGAUUAUGCAUUUAAAGGCUGCGUAAUUUCAAAUGGAUGCAGUAUAAUCUAUGCAGCCAUUCUCCUAGUGUUAAACAUGUGUCUU